AUGAACUCAUUAGAUGAAAUCUAAUAAGAAGUAAUAAUAUUAUUAAUAUCAUUUCUAUAGAUUACUAAUUACUUUCCAAAACUUAUAAAUCAGUUAAAAGAAUUAGGAUAAUCAAAAAUAACAAUUCAAUAACCAAACACUGCUUUAAAUGGAAUUCAAAUAAUGAUAUUAGUCCUUAAUGAUUUAUUUGGGUAAAUAUAUAAAUAUAUCCUAUUUAUAAGAAUUCUAUAAGAAAUACAAACUUAAUAUGCAUAAUUAGAAGAAUAGUUAUAAAAGUAUGAAGGAGAGUGUAGAUCUCAUAUAAGGGUAUCAAAAACUAAAAUUACUUUAGACAGAACAGAGACUUAAAAUUCAUUGUGAAAAUAUUCAAGAACUAUAUGAAUAAUAAUUAAAUAUAGAGAAAGAUCAUAAAGCUUAAAUGUUGGUAUGAUAUUGAUAUUUGUAAAAUAAUUAGAGUUAUCAAAAAGAGAUUAUGUAAUUAAAGAAAGAUCUAGAAGAUAACAAAUAUUAAAAGAAUCAGUAAUUAUAAUAAAAAACUUAAUCAAUGAUUGAUAAAAUAUUAUUAGAUUAAUAGAAAUAAACAAUAUUAUUAGAUAUUAAACCUAGAUCAAAUACAUUUAAUAACAAUUUUAUGAAUUUCAAUUAAUAAAAAUAAUCUAUGUGUCUUAAAUCAAAUACUAGAAAAAAUAGAUUGGUUACUGAAUAUUAAGAUGGUUAAACAAAGUAUAUAUAUUAUAUAUAUACUAUAAGUUCUAAAUAAUCUAUAGAUGAGAAAUAAUAUUCAUCUCUUGAGAAAAUAUAGGAAUUGGCAACCCUUUAUUCUAGACCAAAAUCUAGAUUGUAAGAUAAUAUCAACAAAAAAUCUGUUACUUUACAUGUGGCUUAAAUGAAAGUCAAAUAAGUAAAAAAAACUUGA